CCCUUUUUACUCGUUUGAACCUCUUCUCUCUUUUUUUUUUGGAAAGACAAACAUAAUGGCCGACAAAGCUCCCGAAGUUGAUAACACCACCAUUGCCGACUCCAACGUCGUUGCCAAGUACAAGGAUGCUGCCAUCAUUGCCAACGCUGUCUUGGAAAAGGUUAUCAAGCUGUGUGUUCCUGGUGCCAAGAUCCUCGAUAUCUGCGUCCAGGGUGACAAGGAAAUCGUUGAGGCUGUCAAGGGUAUCUACAACAAGGGAAAAAUGACCAAGGGUAUUGGAUUCCCCACUGCCAUCUCCCUCAACAACUGCAUUGCCCACUUCUCUCCUCUUGCCAGUGAUCCCGAGGCUGAACUCACCUUGAAGGAAGGUGAUAUCGCCAAGAUCCAAUUGGGUGCCCAGAUCGACGGUUACUGCUCUUCCGUUGCCCACACUCUCGUUGUCGGUGCUACUGCUCAGAAGCCCGCCACCGGUGUCAAGGCCGAUGUCAUCCAGGCCGCCCACACCGCUCUUGAGGCUGUUGUCCGCAUGAUCCGCCCCGGUAACAAGAACAUGGAAGUUACCAAGGUUGUUGACAAGAUUGCUGAGGCUUACAACACCAAGGCUGUCGAGGGUAUGCUUACCCACCAGCAACUCAAGAACGUCACUGAUGGCAAGAAGCAGAUCAUCCUCAACCCCAGCGAGAACCACUUGCGCGACUUCCAGCGCAUUGAGUUCGCUGAGAACGAGGUCUACGCUGUCGACAUCUUGAUCUCCAGCGGUGAGGGUAAGGUCCGCCAGUUGGACUCUCGCACCACCAUCUACAAGAAGACCGAUGUCCGUUACUCGCUCAAGAUGGCUGCCUCCCGCCACGUCCUUUCCGAGAUCCAGACCAAGGCUGGUUCUUUCCCCUUCUCUCUCCGCGAUCUCGAGGAUGAGCGCAAGGCUCGCAUGGGUAUUGUCGAGUGCGCCAAGCACCAGACCGUCCUCCCUUACGACAUCAUGUACGAGCGUGAGGGUGCCGUCGUUGCCCAGUUCUUGACCACUCUCUUGGUCACCAAGAACGGUAACAUCAUGGUCACCGAUCCCCACUUCAACCCUGCUCUUGUCAAGUCCGAGAAGGCUGUCAAGGACGAGGAGAUCCUCAAGUUGCUCCAGACUUCCUUCGAGGUUCCCGCCAAGAAGGCCAAGAAGAACAAGAAGAAGGCCACUGAUGUCGCUGCUCCUGCUGCCGCUGCUUCCGCCCCUGCUGCUGCCGCCCCUGCUGCUGCCAAGAAGUAAAAAGAAUACUAAUAAUAAUAAAAAAAGAAGUAAAAAGAAGAAGAGAUUUGUUACUUGAUUUUCUUUUUCUUUUUUGUAUAUCUUUUGUUUAUCCAUAAAAUAACAAAUUCCAUUUUUGUAUCUAAAACAACAACAAAAUAAAUACAUAAAACAAAAAGUAUAUAUAUAUAUACAUCAUAUACAU